CACACACACUCACAAACACACUUCAAACUACUAUAUAUUCCACAAAGCCCACCUCACAAACUGUUCAAUUUCUUGAUGGAAUCAUUCAAUAGAUGCUCAUCAGCUACUUCAUCUUCAUCUGAUUCAUCAGACUGCUCUCAUUCAGCUCGGAAAAUUGAUAAGAUCAAGGGUCCAUGGAGUGCUGAAGAAGAUCGGAUCCUUACCCGACUUGUUGACACUUAUGGGCCUCGAAACUGGUCGCUUAUUAGCAAGUACAUUAAGGGAAGGUCCGGCAAGUCAUGUAGGCUCCGGUGGUGUAACCAGCUCAGUCCCAAUGUGCAGCACCGGCCGUUUUCUGCGGCGGAGGAUCAAACCAUUUUGGCUGCUCAUGCUCAGUACGGCAACCGGUGGGCUACCAUUGCUCGGUUGCUUCCUGGCCGGACCGACAAUGCGGUUAAGAAUCAUUGGAAUUCAACGUUGAAGAGGAGGCAGAGUUUUGUGACUCAAACCAGCAGGUCGGAAUCGGAAAAGGAGUUUUUGAGCUUCGGGACUGCUCAUAUGUCGCCGGGAUCGGUGUCUAAUGGGGAUGCGGCGGCGGAUGUAGAUGAUCCGAUGACGACUCUUUCGUUGGCUCCGCCGGGGAUGGGUGGAUAUGAGUCGGCGGAGAAGAGGACGGAGAAUGUACCGGCGGGAUUUUGGGAUGUCAUGAAAGGGGUGAUUGCGAGGGAGGUUAGAGAUUAUGUGACGUCGUCGUUUCCUGAGACUUCUGGAUUUCAAUAACAUUUGAUGGAUUUUAUUAUUUAUUUUCCUUUUCCUUUUCUAAUGCUAAUUAUUCAUGAAUGUUUUUUUUAUCAAUAUCAAAAUUAAGAGUAAUUUACGGAUUCAGUCCUUGUGGUUUAUGAA